AUGACUUAUUGGGGAACCCUCGUUGGGCUGGCUAGCUUGGCAGGAACUACUUCUGCUGCUGCUGCUUUAGGGGCCUACAAUAUUGACCCCAGCUCUGUCUCAGUAUCUGGUCUCUCCAGCGGUGGAUUCUUCUCUGCGCAGCUUGGCGUGGCAUAUUCCAAUGUCUUCCAGACUGGUUUCGGUGUAUUUGCGGGUGGUCCAUUCGAUUGCGCCCGCAACCAAGCGUACACUACUUGCAUGUACAACCAAAACCCAUCUAUAACCACUCCAAUUGCCAAUAUGAAGUCAUGGAGUGGCAAUCAAAUUGCUCCGGUUAGCAACUUAAAGAAUCGCAAAAUAUACCUCUGGGAAGGAUCGGCAGACACGACUGUGGGGCCAAAUGUGAUGAAUGCUCUGAAUUCUCAACUGAGCAACUUCGAUACCACUGCUGAUGUUUCAUAUGUUACAACAAGUGGUGCUGUCCACACCUUCCCAACCGAUUUUGAUGGAUCGGGCGACAAUUCGUGUAGCAUGUCUACAUCGCCGUAUAUCAGCAAUUGCAACUAUGACGGCGCUGGAGCAGUACUGCAAUGGAUGUAUGGCACGCUGAACGUAAGGAACACGGGAACGCUUUCUGGUUCUGUGAUCUCCUUUGCCCAGACCGGAGCAUAUGGCGCUUCUGGUAUGGACACUACUGGCUACCUCUAUGUUCCUGCUAGUUGCCAAAGUGGAACUACUGUCUGCAAGCUUCAUGUUGCUCUGCAUGGAUGUUUGCAAAGCUACAGUAACGUUCAGAUGGACUUCGUUCAAAAUACUGGCUAUAAUAAGUGGGCUGAUACCAACAACAUCAUCAUACUCUACCCCCAAGCAAUCCCUGACAACACCUUGCAUACCAUCUGGGGCGGUACUGAAUUGAGCAACCCGAAUGGUUGCUGGGACUGGGUAGGUUGGUAUGGUUCAAAUGCUGACCAAAUUGGAGGUGUUCAAAUGGUUGCCAUUGUCAAUCAAGUCGCGCAGAUCAUGAGCGGAAAUACCGGUGGUGGGAGUACUCCCACUAGUAGCACCACUUUAGCCACGACAACGAAGCCGACAUCUACGACAACGUCCCCAAGCAGCACUACGACAGGUGCGCCUCUUUACGGGCAGUGUGGUGGAUAUGGCUGGACUGGACCCACAACUUGUGCGCAAGGAGUUUGCACUGCUUACAGUACCUUGUAUGCUCAGUGCUUGCUACCUUUGUAG